UUUAAUCGGCCAUAAAUUACACAUUGUGUGCUAUAAAACAACGGAGUAUUGUCUUCUCCCCUAUAUAUAAUAUAGCCUGUACCCUUAUUUACACUUAACUCUCAGAACCCAGGUUUACAAGCAGACCUUAAAUAGUUUCAAGGGUCUAAACAGGGAGUGGUUGAACACUUCAGGACUAAUGUAAAAACGUAAAAGAAAGAUAAUGGACUUCUGCGUGUGAGUGAAUAGCGCACCGCUCUCAACAGAUGGCUCCAGCCUUUUCAGUCUGACCGCGUCUUUUGAAAGGCAAAAGACGCAGAGCAGCCCCCAACAACUGGAUCGGGGCUAAUUGGAUCCUGAGGAGGGAAGAGGAGGGAGGGAGAGAAAUCGGCAGCCAGAAGGCGCUCUGCUUGUCCAUUCAGUUCGCUCUGCAGGUUCCUCUCGACAACAUUUCAAACCAUGCACCGCUGUCGGCCUCUCGGAGGAUGUCUCCGGAGAUGUUGCCAAGUGUGAUCGUUCUCGCCGGUCUCCAAGUUCUGGCUCUUCAUUGUGCAGCUGAUCUCUGUAACUGGACUGGAAGCGGUUUUGCAGCUGGCGCGGACCCCAGGGUCGUUCUCCAGGUGCGGCUGCGCUGCACAGAGGGCUCCGUGACGUGGGUCUACCCGGGUCAGGCUCUGAGGGUGGCGCUCGAGCCCAAUUUGUCGUCCGUCCGGUACAACACGGUCUGCAUCCAACCGUCUCCAUCCCUCAGCGGAGCCAACGUCUUCAUUGAGCGGGCCGGAGAGCUGGAGCUGCUGACGACGGAAGACGGCGGGCGCACCGGGCGGCAGGUGUUCUGUUUCCAGGCGGACGGGCCCCACGGGCCCGCCAUCUAUCUCCAAGCCGGCCUACAGAGUCCCCGGACAUGGAGCAGACGCACAGUGGGCUUCAGAUACGAGCUGCUGCGCAACAGGAGCGCCAACGGUGGGCUGGAGCCUUCAUGCCGACCCUGCAACGACACAGAACUGCUCAUGGCCGUCUGCAGCAGUGACUUUGUGGUUCGAGGCUACAUCAAGAAUGUCCUCCAUGACUCACGACGGCAGACAUCACUGGUGGAGGUGUUGGCAACAAAGGUUUACCGGCAGCGCAGCAGAGUAUUUGCGCCGCAUCCACAUGCGUCCUCUCAGUCCCAGCAUGGACACAUCCGGACGCUCCUGCAGUGCCACGCGACGCCUGGGGACGGACAGUUUCUCUUCACGGGGUCAGAGCACUUUGGGGAAGCUUGGUUAGGGUGCGCCCCGCGCUACAAAGACUUCCUGUCCCUCUACCAGAAAGCCAAGAUGGGACGUAGGAAUGCCUGUGACUUCCCUUUGGACUGAAGGGGGGUGUUGUUUUAGGAGCCCUUUAGACUGUGUGGCGGCGCUGUGGGGACCUUGUAAAGCUGUCAUGAGCCAACAAGGUGGCAUCAAGGUUCAGCAGAAGGGCCAAAGCUCCUGAAAUCUUUCUGGAAAAAAAAAAAAAAAAAAACAUGUGGCGGGG